AUAUACUACUUGUUGCUUUGACGCAUGGAUAGAGAGCAAGCAAAUAUUUUCCAACCCAAAUGUGCAAGUCAUUGGUUAGUAUUGCAAAGGAAUGUUAGUGUCUCAGUGACAAUUGGAUCCUACAACGAUUCCAAUGUCUAUUAUGGUAAAGCUUAAGCUUGACACUUUGUUCCACACUUAGUAAUGAAGACUGGUUGUCUAUAUUUUCUUGAUUUAUUUUUUUAAUUUAUGGGAAUCUAGAUACCCUUUUCAUAUGGUCUAACCUUUUUGAAGCGCUACAAACAAACCCGAUUCUUGAUCUGAUGAUUCUAUAUCCUUUUCAUAGACAUGCAUCCUCGUAGUUGCUAAAGAAAGGAAUUGCCUCUUAUUGGGGCCAUCCAAGAUACAAAGAAAUGCUAAAUCCAGAGGUGUGAUGUUGCAGCUGAUGAAUUAGCAAAGCAACUUAACACUUAUGGAUUUUGUAUCAAAUAUGUAGAAUUUCUUUCCACCUACAAAUAUGAUAGGGUGUUCCAUUUUUGUAUUCUAAAUUCCCCCUACACCUACCUCUAUCUCCCAGAAGAAUAGGACACAACCAUAGACUAAGGACCAUAAUAAUAUGCUUGCCAUAGCUUCCUGGAAAAAGUUUUUAAUUUCAUUGCUUUUCUGCGCGUUGUUUUCUCAUUCUUUUGGCAGCACUUUCACCAUUACUAACAAUUGUCCUUAUACAAUAUGGCCUGGUACACUGUCUGGUUCUUCAUCACCUAAACUUUCCACGACUGGCUUUCAAUUGAAUGCUGGCCAAAGCGUCAGAAUUCCAAGUGUCCCAGGAUGGUCUGGUCGAAUUUGGGCAAGAACUGGCUGUACUUUUGAUGCGUCAGGUGUUGGCUCUUGCCAAACAGGUGACUGUGGUGGAAAGCUCGAAUGUGAUGGCCUUGGUGCCACACCACCUGCCUCUCUCUUCGAGAUAACUCUGGGUGUGGGAGAGGCUAAAGAUUUCUACGACGUCAGUAUUGUUGAUGGUUACAACCUGCCAAUGGUUGCAGCUCCACAGGGAGUCCAUGGAGGAUGCAAUGUCACUGGAUGUGUAUCCAAUCUUAACAUGGGUUGCCCAAAAGAACUUCAAGUGGUGGGUGGAGAUGGAGAUGGAGAUGGAGAUGGAGAAGGGAAUGUAGUAGCAUGCAAGAGUGCAUGUGAGGCCUUUGGAUUAGAUCAGUAUUGCUGUGCCGGAGAGUUUGCCAAUCCAACAACUUGUCGUCCAUCAUUCUAUUCCAGCAUCUUCAAGAGAGCUUGUCCAAGGGCUUAUAGCUAUGCAUAUGAUGAUGGCACCAGCACUUUUACCUGCAAGGCUGACGACUACGCAAUCAGCUUCUGCCCCAUGAACGGGGUAAGGAAACCCAAUGGUGGAGAAACAACUCCACCUAUUGAAGAAAGUAAAAUGGAAAAGUUCCCAGGGAGAGUUUCAUCUUCAAGCAUUCUCCUUCCAUUCCCAAUGCUGAUUGUGCUGUUACUUUUCAGCACAUAUCUCCAGACAUAAGUCAGAACAGCACAAAUCAUGACAUGGUAUGUCAUUACAAGAGAACAUUUAAGGAAUGAUAUCUGGAGAAAUAGUUGGGCAUUCCUGAGGAAACUUAGAGCAAAACCAUACAAACAGCAACCUGUUUAAAGUAGGCAGUAUCUUGUAUUUAAACAUUCUCUUUACUUGUUUUUAAAGUAUCACAUUACGCACUAACAAAAUGUAGAAAAUCGGAUGAAUUGCUGUUCUUUGUUAAAUUGAAUCA